AUGCCCGGGUCGGGCUGGAAACACCGCGUACCACUCACGAAGCUGCUGAGGCGGAGGGAUGUCCCGCGAGCGCUGCUGCUGCUGCCGCUGCGAGCGCUGGCCACCACCACCGCCGCUACGCUGCUGGGUACCACCCCGACCAGCUCCACCUCCUCCACCACCACCGCCUCCUCCGCUGCCGCCUCCACCGCCUCCACCUCCGCCGCCUCCACCUCCGCCGCUGCCUCCACCACCACCGCUGGCACCACCACCACCGUCUCCGCCGCUGCUGCCACCACCACCACCACCCCCGCCACUAGUCCCGCCGCCACCCCCACUCCCUCCGCCGCCACCGCCGCCACCGCCACCGCCCCCUCCAGCUCCACCCGCGCCCUUGCCCCCCUUGCCCUUGCUGGAGCGACGUCUCCCACUAGGGGCAGACGCCGCGCCGACCGACUCAAGACCAAGCAGGUCGGCAGCAGCAGCAGAGGCAACAAAGGGCAGCAAGGGGGAAGGAGAGCACCCCUCAAAGAUGGGGGUGCGAGGGUCACCACGAGAAGCACCUACAGCGACUAUGCUCUUCUCCGCUGCAAGGAGGGCCUUCUCGAGGAGGUCGACGGUGAGGGUGGUGGGACAGACUGCGAGAAAGUGGUCCCUGACGACGCGAAGGGAGUCAGGGAGGCGCGCGACUACGUAGUAGAGAGCGAUGUACAUGGGGGGUGGGUUCUUAGCGCAGAACUCAGCAGGAAGGGCGGCGCGGUAGCGAGUGUCACUAGUGCGGAGGUGCGUAAUGAGCAAGACGUGCAGCAGCAUCGCGGGUGGCCCACUGAGAGCGGACAGUGGGAUCAGCAUCAGCAGCAAGAGCAGGAGAGGCGCCAGAGGCAGGGCAGGUCGUGCAGCUCUGCAGAAAGGCGGCUCGGCGACCGGGCGGCUCGGGUGCACAGCGGCUCGGCUCCCGGGCGGCUCGGCGGCUGGGCGGCUCGGGCGCAGAGCGGCUCGGCUCCCGGGCGGCUCGGCGGCAGGGCGGCUUGGGUGCAGGGCGGCUCGGCUCCCGGGCGGCUCGGCGGCAGGGCGGCUCGGGUGCAGGGCGGCUCGGGUCCCGGGCGGCUCGGCGUUGGGCGGCUCGGCUCCCGGGCGGUUCGGCUGCACUGCUGCCCGACUGCUACAGGUGUGGCGGCGGGUCCGCGUGAGAGAGCCGGGGCGGGGACGCGUGAGGGCCGGCGGCUGGGCCGCGUGAGAGCCGGGGCGGGGCCGCUUCAGAGCCGGCGGCGGGGCCGCAAGAGAGCCGGGUAG